AUUGUUACUGAGGAGCACACCCAUUUGUUCCACUGUGAAAAGGAAGGGGCCACAGGGUCUUCCUAUCAGAGGGGGAGCCUCAGCUUAUGGGCCCCAGCAGAUGACCUCACUUCCUUGGUGACAGGUCCAAACAGAACUCGGAACCCUAGAGUCAACAGGCACCACAGUCAUGACUGCUGUCUAAGAGUCACUUGGCUGGAGACACUCAGCAGCGAAGAUGCUGUGUUGCUUUCCCAGACCUCGAGGCCGCAGCCUCAGGACCCCGCGCAGGGGAAGCACUCGGGAAAGAGUGAGAGGAUGGAUAUCUAAGUCCAGGCGCAAAAGAACACUGGCCAGGAACCGCUCAGUGCAUCAUGUGGGCAACACAGGCCAGGUCUCUCCAGAAUCAGACACCUCGGGCCCUGAGAUGAGGGGGAGCCCUGGGCAGGUCUCACUGGGCCCGGAAGCCAGACACUUUGAGAAAUUGAGUCCAGGACAAGAACAUUUAGGCCUGGACACCACUAUUGGAAAUCAGGAGGCCGAGAGCCUGGCAGAGGUCUGCACAGUGACGGCUCAGGCGGGCAGGCCACACACCCCGUCCAAGCUGCUGGAGCAGGCCUUCCCGGACAGCUGCCCCAUCAACCGACCCUCCUUCCAGGAACCCACAAGGGCCUGCAUUUCCUCCCCACAGGAGGGGAGGCUGAAAAGCUCCAUGUCCUCUGUCAUCGAGUCCUUCCUACAGCUGCAGUCCCAGGUCCAUCACACUGGCACACUUCUGCUGGCUCAGCUGGAGCGCUACGAGCCCACUGAGACAGAGCCCAAGCAUGAGGAACAAGCGGAACUGCCCCUUCAAAGACAUUGCUACAAGAAUGAAAGCACAAGGCGCAGAUUAGGAUGAAAUAUUUGCAAAUCAUACAUCUGAGAAAAACUUUCUAUACCAUAAAAGAAAUAUGAAGCACAACAAUGAGAAAAUGUUUACAAACUGAAAGCACAAGCAACGGGACUUGAAAUGAUAUUUCAUCAUGGAACACAUCAAGACUUCAAAU